UCGACAUAUGGGAGAUAUACAUUCAUCGACAACUCUACUUUGUCCACUCACCAUGGCGUAAAGUCAACGAUAAAAUCUCCGCUGGAGCUUUCAUGCAGCGGAGCAACCUCAAAAUUUAAAUCUUGGAUAUAAAAUUCUAUAAAACAGUGUUGUGAUUUUUAAAGGUUAAGUAAUUGUAAUUAAUCAGUGUUGUUAUUUUUCAUUUCAAAAUCAUCCGCCAUUUUUUUCUCUCCAAAACCGGAAGUCGGGAAUUAAAGCAGUUCGAUUAGAUAAUUUUUUUCCCUUGACGUCACAAGGGAGUUAUAAGGUAGUGCAAGGCGUGCUAUCUGUUGUCAUAGACCUAAGUCAAGUCGUGCACGAACACGACUAGAGACAUGGACAAGUAUUGUCUUGUAUUCCUGCUCAUCGCUUUACCCUUCGGGCAGCACGGGGUCCAGCUGUCCACUGCAGACGAUGAGGACAGUCAUUUUCUCAACGAGUGGGCUGUUGGGAUAGACGGUGGGCUGGAGGUAGCCAGGGAGGUAGCCUCACAGCACGGCUAUACGCUACUUAGACCGCUGAAAUCGAUCCCAGACCACUACAUCCUAGAACGUAACGACGUCCCACACAGGUCGCGUCGUAGUGCCAGCCAUCACACCAAGAGACUCGUGGAGGACGUGAGGGUAGUGUUUGUAGAGCAGCAACAGCAGAAGACCCGCGUCAAGCGUGACCUUGUUGACCGCGAGCUGGUCAGGGACAUUGUGACCAACGGAGGACAACUCAACGACCCCAGAUAUUCAGACGAGUGGUACUUGCUGCCUGACGUCUCGGAGUAUGGCAGACGUGACGGUGCCAGCGACAAUCUGAGAGUCCGUGACGCCUGGAAGAGAGGAUACACGGGCAAGGGCAUCACAGUCUGUAUACUGGACGAUGGAGUGGAGGCAGGACACCCAGAUUUAAAGGACAACUUUGACCCCAAGGCCUCACAUGAUUUUAACGACAAUGACGAUGACCCCACACCCAGAUACGACCCAACCAACGAAAACAAACACGGCACCAGGUGUGCUGGAGAGAUCGCCAUGGUUGCCAACAACAACAACUGUGGUGUUGGUAUAGCUUUCGACAGCAAGAUCGGAGGUGUCCGCAUGCUUGACGGUCGGGUCACUGACCGCCUGGAGGGUGAUGCCCUGUCUUUUAACAGCGAGUACAUCGACGUGUACUCCGCCAGCUGGGGACCUAACGACGACGGCAAGACGGUGGAAGGUCCAGGCAUCCUGGCCAGGAAAGGUCUGGAGAUUGGCAUCAAGCAGGGCCGCAAGGGGAAGGGCAGUCUAUACGCCUGGGCAUCCGGUAACGGCGGGAGGAUCAACGACAACUGCAACGCUGACGGCUACACCUCCAGCAUCUACACCAUCAGCGUCAGCAGCGCCUCACAGUUUGGAAAGAGCCCCUGGUACGGGGAGAAAUGCUCCUCAACCCUCACAGCAGCCUACAGCAGUGGCUCAGCCACCGAGAAGAAAGUGGUGAGCUCUGACCUGCACGGCAAGUGUACCGACGGUCACACUGGAACUUCCGCUGCCGCCCCCAUGGCCGCUGGUGUCCUGGCUCUCCUGCUACAGGCCAACAACAACAUCACCUGGCGUGACGCCCAACACCUGGUCAUGCACACCUCCAGGAUGGAACCUCUGGCAUCGGAGACUGGCUGGCAACAGAACGGAGCUGGCUACUGCUUCAACGAACGUUUUGGCUUUGGUCUGAUCAACGCCCUGGGUCUGGUAGAGGCAGCAGAGAAGUGGGAGAAUGUGGGGGAGCAGCACAUCUGCACUGUGGAGCCAACCAGUACCAGCAACUUCCCACAGGAGAUCACCCCCGGCCAGUUCGUGGAGGUGGAGUUUUCAACAGACGGAUGUCAAGGUCAGGACAACGAGGUCAACUGGCUGGAACACAUCCAGGUCGUCUUCGACGUGGACCACGAGAACAGGGGCAGGAUCUACGCCGACCUAGAGUCGCCUAUGGGCACCAAGACCACCCUGUUUUAUGAGAGGUCCUACGACACAUCCAAAAAAGGCUUCAAGCAAUGGCCGCUCAUGAGCGUUCACACUUGGGGCGAGAGGCCACAGGGUAAAUGGAGGUUCCGUGUUGCGGACAGGAAUGUGAAUGGCACCGCCCGUGGAAGACUGAACAGCGCCAAACUAGUCCUGUACGGCACCAAGGACAAGCCCAAGCACCAGACUAACAUCAAGGGAUGCGGCAAGACAGAGACACAAGUGAACGUUCCCAACCCAAGUCAACUCAAGCUAAAAAUAGCCGAGCUGAAGUCCCUGCUUCACAACAACAACAAUGUGAAAAACCCCAACGUCCAGUCGGAGAUGUUGCAGUUGGUUAGUGAUCUAGAGGGACAGUAUCAUCCACCAGCUUCAAGUUAAAGCGGCUCAUCAGGUCCCUCUGAAUCAGCUGCUGACAGAAAUUUUAAGUUUAUAGUUUCGUUUCGGCAAUUUGUCAACAACAAAAAGUAUACUCAGUAGAGGUGAUUGAAAAAUGAAUAAAAAUCAGGUCAAGAGUUAUUUAAAAAGUGUGAACUGUUUUGUCAUCUUUGUGGCACAAGAGAAGAAUAAUUCUUUUGUCUUGGACAUCAUUUGUUGUUGUUGUUGAAAUCAAGAGCUCAUUGUAGUCUUAUUAACUCAAUAUAACACAACUAAGGGAAGCAACUGAUGUAUUGUUUAUUAUAAUCCUAGGGGAGGCAAAUUAUAUAUUUUGAAACUAUCAUUUAACCAAAAGGGGGUAAUUAUGUAAUAUAUAGUUCUUAAAAUAAAAGAAAUUAAUUUCUGUAUAAACAUUUUCGGUAAAAUUCGACUUAAGUGAGGUGACGUAUAUUAGUUUUACAAUCUUAUACAACUAAGUGGUGAGCAAGUUAAGUUGUCGAGCAAAUAAGGGGCGGUAAUUUACGUUAUAUUUAUUGUGUUCCAUACUAAGGGGAAGGAACUUAUAUUAAAUUUUAAAGUGCCAUACAACUAAAAGAAAGAUACUUAUAUUUUAUUUUCUGGAUCCUAUUAUAGAGAAACUACUUAAGAUAUUUUUUAAGCAAAAUAAAACUAUAGAGAAAUUACUUAUAUUCAAAUCGACGAUUAUUUCAAAGAUCUUGGGGACAUUCUUUUCGUAAGAAAAUAUUUUAUUUAUUUUCGCUCAACUCUGCAUUUCUAGGCAAUGUUAAAAACUCAUGUUUUAAAAAACCUGACAACAAAACUGAAUGAUUUGUUUGAUUAAUUUGUUGACUGUAUUUUACUAAAUGCUGUGAUCGGAUUCUUACUUAGAAACUUGGUGACUGUUUUUAAUUUAUUUUUAAACCAGAUAUUUUUCUGGCAUUCGUUGGUUUGGUGUUGCAAAAUAAAAUGUUCUGACUGUUUA